AUGGACGCAAGUGUAGAAAUAGAAAAUGUCGAUGACGUGGAGGAUGACGAUUCGGAAAUUAACGUCGAUCGAUAUUUAAAGGCCGCCAUCGAUCGACAACCAUCCCCUCUAGAAAAUUGGGAUCUCGAAAAAGCACCAAAAAUUGAGUUAAAACAAUUGCCCACCGGACUCAAGUAUGCUUUUCUCUACAAUAAUUCUUACCCCGUAAUCGUAAACGCCAACCUAACCAACAGAGAACUUGCAUUGUUAUUGAAUAAAUUGCACAAGUAUAGGAAAGCCCUCGGAUACUCUUUCGAGGAUAUUCCUGGUAUCUCUCCAGAUCUAUGCAUACACCGAAUUCACUUAGAAGACGAUUCCAAAUCGUUAGUGGAACAUCAAAGAAGGCUAAACCCAAACUUGAAAGAAGUUGUUAAAAAGGAAAUCAUCAAACUUCUAGAUGUUGGAAUCAUCUACCCAAUUUCGGAUAGCAACUUGGUGAGCCCCGUGCAUGUUAUACCUAAGAAAGGCGGAAUUACAGUGGUUAAGAAUGAUAAAAACGAACUCAAUCCCACGUGA